AUGAGCUACCAGCAGCACUUUCAUAUGCCUUCUGGGAGUACGAGUGGUAGAUCAAGAAUGAGUGAUUUUGGAAGGACCCAUGUUGUGAGGCCGAGAGGGAAGCAUCAGGUUACCAUUGUUUGGUUGCAUGGCAUGGGUGACAAUGGCGCUAGCUGGACACAGGUCCUGGACGCACUUCCUCUACCCAAUAUCAAAUGGAUAUGUCCAACUGCUCCAGUUCGCCCUGUAGGAAUGCUGGGAGGGUUUCGCUGCACUGCAUGGUUCGAUGUCGGGGAGAUGUCGGAAGAUACGGUGGAAGACAUGGAAGGCUUAGAUUCUUCAGCCGCCCAUAUCGCCAACUUGUUGUCCAGUGAGCCUGCUGAUGUGAAAGUUGGAAUCGGAGGGUUCAGCAUGGGCGGAGCGACCGCACUUUACUCUGCAACUUGCGCAGUCCUGGGCCGAUACGGAAACGGAAACAUUCCCUACAACAUCAACCUCCUCAAGGCCGUCGUCAGCCUCAGCGGCUGGCUUCCCACCGGAAUAUCAUCCAGGAGCUUGGGCAACAGAGUACAGUCAUCCCAAGAAGCUGCACGCCGGGCUGCGUACCUCCCAAUUCUCAUCACCCACGGGACGAGUGACGACCAGAUCCCUUACAGUCAUGGAGAGAGGUCUGCACGUGUCCUAUCUGCAGCUGGAUUUGGGCGUCUCAAUUUUAAACGUUACGACGGGAUUGGGCACUACACGAUCCCGAGGGAGAUGGAAGAUGUCAGGAACUGGCUAGCGGCAAGCUUGGGGCUACCCACAGAGUGA